AUGGCGCCACCUCCCACGCCCCUCCUCCUCCUCCUCCUCAUCGUCCUCUGCUCCCUCGCCACCACCCCGGACGCCGCCGGCGAGCGCGCGCGCACGGCGUACAUCGUCCACAUGGACAAGUCCGCCGUGCCGCCGCACUUCGCCGAGGACGCGCACGCGUGGCACUCGGCCAUCCUGGAGUCGGUGGCGGACGCGUCGCCGCGCGGCCGAGGACGCCCGGAGCACCUGUACUCCUACGCCAACGCGCUCAACGGCUUCGCCGCCACGCUCUCCGCUGCCGAGCUACGCGCGCUCCGCCAUACGCCGGGGUUCGUCUCCGCGUACCCUGACCGCUGCGCGGACGUCGCCCAUGACACGACGCACUCCCAGAGGUUCCUCGGCCUCCGCCCCGACGCCGGGCUGUGGCCGGCGGCGAAUCUUGGCGAGGGCAUCAUCAUCGGCGUGGUCGACACCGGCGUUUGGCCGGAGAGCAGCAGCUUCCACGACGACGGGAUGCCGCCCGUGCCCUCCCGGUGGCGCGGGGCGUGCGUGCCGGGCGUCUCCUUCCCCGCCACCACGUGCAACCGGAAGCUCAUCGGAGCUCGCUACUUCAACCGGGGCUACGUCGCGAUGAACCCCAACGACACCAUCUCCAUGAACUCGACGCGCGACGACGACGGCCACGGCACGCACACGGCGUCCACGGCCGCGGGCAGCCCUGUGCCGUGCGCCUCCUUCUUCGGGUACGGGCGUGGCACGGCGCGUGGAACAGCCCCACGUGCCCAUAUCGCGGCUUACAAGGUCAGCUGGCCCAACGGCUUCGUGACGGCCGACGUCCUGGCCGCCAUGGACGCGGCGAUCGCGGACGGCGUCGAUGUCGUCUCCAUCUCCCUGGGCUUCAACAACGAGCCGCUCUACACGGAUCCAGUUGCAAUUGCCUCGUUCGCUGCCAUGGAGCGCGGCAUCGUCGUGUCAGCGUCAGCGGGGAACGAUGGCGUCCAUGGGUUGGCCACCUUUCACAAUGGGAUCCCAUGGGUCCUCACGGUGGCGGCCGGCACGGUGGACCGGCAAAUGUUCGCCGGCACCGUGACCUACGGAGACACGAAGCAAGGCAUCACCACAAUAGCUGGGGUCACGUCGUAUCCAGCAAAUGCUUGGGUUUCUGAAGCGAAGCUGGUCUACAACGAUACGCUGUCCGCGUGCACCUCAUCAGCUCUGCUUCAAAGUCUGGCGACAAAGAACAGCAUUAUCGUCUGCCGCGACACUGGGCUUGGUGCGAUGGGCCAUCAGAUGAAGAUUGCCGCCGCGGCCGGUCUCACGGCCGCUAUCUUCGUCCCGCAGACCGAGACGGACGAACCCCUGACGGGUGAGUAUCCGCUGCCGGUUAUCGCGAUUAGCCCAGAGGAUGCGCCGGCGCUGCUCAAGUAUAUCACCUCCAGCUCGCAGCCGACGGCUACGAUCAACUUCCAGCAGACCGUCCUCGGCAGAGCACCGGCGCCGGUGGUCGCCUUUUACUCCUCCCGAGGGCCGUCGCCGAGUUUUGCGGGCGUCCUCAAGCCGGACAUAUUGGCGCCGGGUGACAGUAUACUAGCGUCGUGGCCACCCGUCGCUCCGUUGGCGUACGUAGGGAGGACGGCUUUGGUCGGCGACUUCCAAGUCGCGUCCGGGACUUCAAUGGCGUGCCCGCACGCCAGCGGCGUGGCGGCGCUGCUCCGGGCGGCGCACCCGGAUUGGAGCCCGGCCAUGAUCAAGUCUGCAAUGGUAACCACGGCGAGCGCGGUCAACAAUCUGCUUCGUCCCAUCACCGACGCCGGCAACGGCAACGGCAUGGCAAGCCCGCUGGCCAUGGGCUCGGGGCAUGUCAACCCCAACUCUGCUCUGGACCCGGGUCUCGUCUUUGACGCCGGGCCGUGGGACUUCGUCGCGCUCCUCUGCGCCGCGAACUACACCGUCACCCAGAUCGCGGCGGUCACGCGGUCGUCCACGGCGUACAGUUGCUCCUCUUCGUCCAGCAACGACGUGAACUACCCGUCGUUCAUCGCCACAUUCGGCGCCAACGCGACCUCCGGGAGGAUGCGCUUCAGCAGGACGGCGACCAACGUCGGGGCGGGCGCGGCCACGUACCAGGCGUCGUGGUCGGCGCCGAGCAACGUGGCCGUGGCCGUGACGCCGUUGACGCUGGAGUUCGGCGGUGCGGGCGAGAAGGCGACGUUCGAGGUGGAAAUUGUGCUGACCGCGCCCACCGGAGGAGAGCCGGCGCACGGUGCCGUGCUCUGGACGGAGCUGAUCGGCAGUCACCAGGUCAGGCUUCCGUACGUGGUGGUGUGACGGCGCCGUUCGGUGCUGUGAACUUGAUCUUAUGUGCGCUCCGAUGAUGUAGUUUGACUUGGGCUUAAGGAGUCAGAAAUCCUAUUAGUGCCUUGUAUUUCUCAGUCACAGUGGACUGAGGUUUAACUUAUUAGUCAGACUUAUCGCUAUCUCAUCCUACUAGUUGCUUGUGCUUAUCAAUUUGAAAAAAAGCAGGUGCUUGUGCUUAUUAGUUCCUUCGAUUA